AGAUCGCCCAAGAGGAAGAGCAAGUCCGGGCGGAGGAGCCGGUCCCCGCGGGGCAGGAGGAGCCGGAGCCCGCACCACGCCGCCGUGAAGGUGAAGCAGGAGCGAGACGAUCAUUGUCGUAGAGGAAAUGAGGAGCGAAAGCAGAGAUACCCAUCAGAACAAGACCACAGGGGAGAGAGAAGUGGUGACAGAGAUAGACACAGAGACCACUCAGACAGAAGGAAGAAUCCAAGUGAAAGGCCUGGAGCUCGAGGCCACGAGCGAGAGAGGGAUGUUCAGAACAUCCGUGAGCAGCAAGCAGAGAGGGAGUUUUAUAACGAGAGAAGACGAGAGCAUCGACAAAAUAACGAAAGCAGUGGUGUUGACCAGAACCCAGAACUCGGGCAAUCUGAUAACAAACCUAAAGAAAAAGCUGCUGUAAAUAAAGAGAAGCCAAGCUUUGAACUGUCUGGCGCGCUUCUAGAGGAUACCAACACUUUCCGAGGUGUUGUGAUUAAGUACAGCGAGCCCCCUGAAGCUCGGAUUCCUAAGAAGCGGUGGCGCCUCUAUCCUUUCAAAAACGAUGAGUUUCUCCCAGUCAUGUACAUUCACAGGCAGAGUGCUUAUCUUCUGGGCAGGCACCGCAGAAUUGCAGAUAUUCCAAUCGACCAUCCCUCCUGCUCAAAGCAACAUGCUGUGUUUCAGUACCGGCUGGUGGAGUACACUCGCGCCGAUGGUACCAUUGGCCGCAGAGUGAGGCCCUACAUAAUCGACCUGGGCUCUGGGAACGGCACUUUUCUAAAUAACCAGCGGAUUGAACCUCAGCGUUAUUACGAACUAAAGGAAAAGGAUGUACUGAAGUUUGGGUUCAGUAGCAGGGAAUAUGUUCUUCUCCAUGAAUCUUCAGAUAAAUCUGAGGCCAACACAAAGGACGAUGAUGAGGAGGAAGAGAAGGAGGAAGAGUCUGACAGUUAACAGAUGAGGAGGAAGGGGGGUUUUGGGGAGAGAAGUUCUCUGCAGUUGAACAUGCAUUGGGGUGUAAAUGUUGGAGCAUCACAGCACUGAUGCCUCUUACUGCCUUAAAGUCCUUUUUCUGUU